UUAAAGAGUCUUAAUUGUGAACUCUGGGCCAAUGAAAUUCCGUCUAGACGUCUCCAGCCCCUCCAACCCUCUCUAAAGGGCAACGCGUCCUCUUCAGGGGUGGAGUCGGAGAAAUCCAAGACUAACAUUUUAUAACGGGUGAACGGUGUUGCAGUCGUGUUUAAAGUUAAGCCAGAGAGAGCAACAACGAAAAAUAUGCACCGUUUAUGAAUAUUGAGGAAAAUCAUCGAGGAUAACCGCCGAACAUAACAGAUCGUAUUACAAAAACCAAGAAUUCGCUCAUAUGUUAGUUCAUUCAUCUUGUCGAGUCAGGUGUUAUUUUUCAAACAUUAGAUCAUUUUGGAAAAUAAAUGGCUGGCAGGGCUACACACGAUCGUUAUGGAUUGAGAGGCCACGCAGGGAGAUCUGCAGCUCUAGCUCGGCUUCUUCACAAGGACUCCAUUCAACUUCUGGAGUUAUAUAGAAAAAGUGAAUCACUGCCGUCUUUACCAGUUGCCGGAGAUUAUUUGGUAUCCAUUCCUCCCCUGGCCCCUCAGCUGUCCGAUGAAGAGAAAAUAUCAAUCCUGCACGCUGCACUUCAGGAGUGUCAGCGGCUCCUGGAUGAUGCUAUCACCCGUGUGGACGCGGAAUUUACAGAGGAUGUGGAGGGCGAAUAUAAAAAGCAGCGAACAACAGUGAGGGAUCGUUUGGGACACCUGUUGGCGAGCACAGAGCGACUACUAGGGGAUGGAAAGAGAUUUGAAGCUGAAGUUAAAGAGGAGCUGGACGGCAGUGAGAGCUUUGGUUUGAAGAUGUGGUUUCUGAGAGUACUGCAGGAACUUGUACACUGGACUGGCCAGACAUCAGACACCCUCAACUCGCUGCCAGUGGAGAUGGAGAAAGCAACAAAAACGAUGUCCCAAAGCACAAGACGAGGGUCCAGAAAAAUUCGGAAGUGAGACUGGAUAUGGGAUCAGAAGCAGGAGCAGAAGAGGAUAGUAUGUUAGGAAUGAGAUGAAGGAAUUUCAUUACAGCCUAGUGAAUGUAGAGAGUGAGAGACCUGGAGAUACAAUCAUUAGACUGAAGCUUUCCAGCAUGUGGAGGGUUUGAAUGAGAUAUUUUUCAUAAAUAUUAUUAUAACUUUUUAUCUUUAUUAUUUUUGGAUAAUUUUUUAAAUAUGAAUAAAUAAAUAGUACUGUUCAGAGGCAAAUGCAAUGAAUGUUAAUAUAUGUAGACAUUAACCAGUUACAGUUGUUUUAAAACGUACAGUUUUAUAAUAUUUUACGAUUAAUGACCUUUAGAUUGUUGAGUCUCAGACACUGCACAGUUUUGUUUUUUAGUGACUACACAUUGCCUUUAAGCUUGACAUGAGACAGUAACAGACUAUAAGAUAACCCUCUAGCCAAGACCAAUGGUGCAAUAUUUACAUUAUUAAUUAAAAAAGGGUGAAAUGGCGCAGCUGUAGACUGAUAAACUAAAAACACUUCUAAAUCAUCAAUGUCACUAUAUAUUAGUUUGUAUAUCGAUAUUCCUAUUUUUCCUAAAUUUUUUCUUCAAAUUUAAAAUUAUCUACUGUACACGUGAAAAAAUCCUAGUGUUUCAUACAUUUUAAUGGCUAUGUGUUUGUUUACAUUUAUUGUGAAAGUCUUCUUAUUUAAGUUGAGCAAUGGAGAGUUUACAAUAAUAUGUACUCCAACACUAAAAACACUCAUAGGACGCCAUCUGCUGGCUACAUAAAGUACUGCUUUUGAUUCCAGGUCAGAUGUGACUCUUUCACCAAUGUCUUAAUCUCCAGUCCUACUGAUUGUUGUUGUCUUAACUUUUAACUUCCUUUAGUAUGUGCUAUAUCUACUCAAAAAUGGACUCAAAAUCUGUAUCCCUGAAAGCCUGGGCCAGCCUUUGACUUAGGCGACUCACUGAAAGGAGGAGAUGGUUAUAGAGCCAAAGCUUUGGCAGAGGACAGAGAAAAAUCAGUUCUGUAUGUUACUGUAUGAAGACUGUUGGAGACAAAGAAACACUGCUAUUUAAUAAUUUAUUAUUAAUGUACACUUGCACUGCAAUAAAUGGCAAUAUCUGAGCUGUCAUUCAAA